UCUCUCAGUAAAGUAGAGGCUAGAGAGCCAACAACAGCUCUCCUGUGCGUGUGUGUGUGUGUGUUCGCGAUCGUUUAAAACUAUAAACUCUUCGAGAAAAGUAAAUAAUACCGCAAAGAUGGCUGCUUUAGCCAUGGUGCUCGAUAAUAUGCUAGGUUGUGUCAACACGGUGUUCCUAAGUUACUCGGACAUUCCUGAAAAUACGAGGAAACACUACUUCGAGGGGCUGGUUCCACUGCUCAGAUGCCAAGGGUGUUCCGGCAACUUCAGUGAUGAAUGCCAACCAAGAAACCUUUCGUGUGGCCACACACUCUGCACUCCUUGCACAGAGACAUUGCUUGCAGGUGAAAUGCCUUGCCCUGAAUGCUGUCAAAAACAUAGAAAGAACAAGGAUGGCGAACCACCAGUGAACUACCAACUAUUAAGAGUCAGUCGAUCUGUGGGAAUCAAAGAAAUUAACAUUGGUGGUGUAAAUAGUACUAUGUUGUCUGCUGACUUUUCCCAGUGUCACAAGCAAAACGCCGGGCAGUGCGUCGUCCACGACUGCCCCAAAGUGUUGUUCUGCCUCUCUUGUAAUUCGUGGGUUUGUGAAAACUGCUUAGUACUAGACCAUCCAACUCCCCCUAGGGGCACAUGUAGGGUCAUCCAGCUUACAGACGCCAUAAAUAAGAUCAGAACGAAGUACGAAGAGGUUGCCUCCCAGGUCCUGAAGGGGAUCGAGACUAUGAAGGACGACUUCGAACUGGAAUUUGGAAUGCACGACCUCUGUCUCAAACACUGCACUCAGGAGAGAUCUCACCUGCGCUUGCUAGAAGAACUCGACCCUCUGUUGCUGGGCAAAAGGGAGGAAAAUGACGAGGAAGUGAGGAAGGCCAAAGGCCGUUUGAAAGAGUUGGCUGAUUCAUUUCGGGCCACAAAUGCUCCUGAGGAGAUGACGGGGUCUUGCAAAGGGCUUCUCGACUUCCAAGAGGAACUGAAGGCCAUCAUCACCCAGGAAAAAGAAAGGCUGACGUCACCACAUCCAAUAAUGGUGGAGCAUCUCAGAAUGGAUAUCAAAAGGUUAACCGAGGGAAGGGAACCACUUUAUGCAACGUUGCAAGAGAACGGAAGACACAAAUGGGCCAAAGUUGUUCUCAAAGACCAGGCACUUUUAGUCUACGCACUGAAUGAAGGAAAGCCUCCUAGUGAUGGUGUUUCGCUACCUUACAAAUUCGUGGAAGCGUUGCUGGAAAAUCGCAAGAAAACGGUGUUUCUGGAACUGGAGGCUGACGGAGAGCCCUUGCAAGGAAGAGUGUUCAUUCAGUUAAACGAUGAGGGUCCUAUGCAUCAACAAAUGAUCCUGAUGUGCUCUGGGAAGAAGGGCGUCUCCUUCAGGAACACCAGGUUAUUCAAGGACGAAGAGGGAUAUCUGAGCGGGGGCGUUUACCACAAUGCCAAUGGCUCCAAGGGCGGGACCAUAGUUCCAGAUCUCGGAGACUGUUGGGCACCUACUGUGUACAAGGGGAUGAAGACUUCGGGUGCAGUCGUGGGCAGCAAGACCUCCACCAAGUUCCACUUCAUCCUCGGGACGAGUAAAGACCAUAUUUACGAUGUUCUCGGCUUCGUAAGGCAAGGUCUUCACGUCUUAAAAGCUGCUGCUAAGCUGGAGCCAGUUACGAAAUGCUACGUCAAAGACUGUGGAAUCUUUAUUCCAGUUGGGACAGUGACUGAUAGUGACAGUACAGUCACUGACACUGAAAAUUAAUUGAGUGCUUUUAUACCAAAGAAUUCUCUACAUCUAUAUAACAUCUAUCUCUUUAUAUGUACAUAUAAUUUGUACAGUUGUAUUUUUUUUUACAUAACUGACAAUCCACUGGAUCGUCUCAGAUGUGAUAUUAGUCAUUAGAAUCUGUUACACGUCUCUCCAAUGGAGAGGAAUUUUUAAAUACAUUUUCAAUUGUUUUUUUACUGCUCUGUUAUGUUGUUGAUUUUUGUGAAUAAAUGAAUAAAUAAG